AUGAGAUGGUUCAAGAAGAUCAGCGGCUAUGCCAGUCUCCUCGUGGCAUGCAAUCCUUCAAAGCUGGAUCUGACCAUGCUAGUGGUGGGAUUCUUUAGCUCCAUAGGCUCUGGUGUACCCUUCCCAAUAAUCGGCAUCAUUUUUGGUCAGUUACUCGAUGAUUUCAACUCGGCAACAUGUUCGGUGCGAGAAGGCACGGCGACAUCAGCGUCACAAUCAUCGGACCAGAAAUCUAUUAAUAAAGAAAUUCUUUUGAUUGUAUACCUCGCCAUUGCACAGUUCGUGUUGAUCUACAUCCACCUGACAUGUUGGACGAUGACUGGGGCGCGAUUAGCGCAACGUCUGCGCGAGAAUUACCUGAAGAACCUCCUGCGACAAGAGCCCUCCUAUUUCGACAACUUGCCACCGGGCGCAGUCGCCUCGCGCCUGAACAGUGAUAUCCAGACGAUUCGAUCUGGGACAUCUGAGAAAGUGGGAAUUGUGGUUUCGGCGGUUUCCUUCUUUAUCACCGCAUAUAUUGUGGCUUUCAUCAAGGAUUGGAAACUAGCUGCCAUGCUGCUCUCUUUGAUUCCGGCAUAUCUCCUGAUGUCAUUCGUUGGAAGCCAUUACAUCGAAAAGUAUUCCGGACUCAUGUCAGAUUAUGCCGCUAGCGCGGCGUCGAUUGCAUCCGAAGCCUUGUCCAACAUCGUAGUCGUCCAAGCAUUUGGUGCAAACACUCGACUGGAAAAGAAGUUCUCGAAAGAGCUCAAGUCCUCAGAAAGCGAAGGCCUUAAAAAAGCUGUAGCUGUGGGAAUCCAGUCUGGCGUGCUAUACUUUGUCGCAUACGGUGCGAACGGUCUGGCGUUUUGGCAGGCUAGUAAGUCCGUGGCCCAUUCUGGUGCCACUGUUGGCGCCACGUUUACUGUGAUCUUUAUUCUGAUUGAAGCUACUUUGCUUUUCAGUCAAGUUUCGCCAUUCUUGCAUUUGUUCAUCCAAGCCGUUGCAUCCUACAGCAAGCUGCGUGAAGACCUUGACCGUGUCCCUCAGAUUGACGGCACAUCAACGGAAGGUAUCCGACUUGCGGAGGCCCAAGGCAAAUUCGAAUUCAAAAAUGUGUCAUUCACAUACCCGUCUCGUCCUGAAGUCACCGUUCUCGAUAAGAUCAGCCUUUCCAUUCCCGCCAAAAAGCACACAGCUCUGGUCGGUCUCUCCGGAAGUGGAAAGUCAACGAUCGCAGGUCUUGUUACCAGACUCUAUGACCCGAACGAGGGUCAGGUUACCUUUGAUGAUCACGAUCUUCAUGAACUCAAUGUCAGGGAUCUUCGAAGCCAUAUUGGCCUCGUUCAGCAAGAGCCUUCACUACUAGAUCGGUCUUUGCUUGAGAACAUUGCUCAUGGCUUGGUGAACUCCAGCAACCCGUCCCAUGCACACUUGAAAGAGACCUUUAUCGGCUGCGAUCUGGAAGAACUUGCCGCUGAUCUCAGAGAAGGCAAGGAUCUUAUGACGGAGGCUGCAAAACGCGGUACAAAUGUCGUAGAAAUAGUCAAUUUGGUUCAAAAGGCCGCCGGGCUCGCAGACGCGGAGAGUUUCAUUUCUCGUCUUCAGUAUGGACUGGGGACAAUUGUCGGCUCAAGCGGUCGACUCAUCAGUGGUGGUCAAAAGCAACGCAUUUCCCUUGCCCGAGCUCUCGUCAGAGACCCUGCAGUUCUUGUCCUUGACGAGGCGACUGCAUCUUUGGAUUCUCGUAGCGAGCAGCGUAUCCAGCAGGCUAUCAAUAACAUCGCCACUGGUCGAACCAUCAUUUCCAUCGCCCAUCGUCUGUCAACAAUUCAAAAUGCGGAUAAUAUUAUUAUAAUGCACAAAGGCCACGUCGUUGAGCAAGGGGACCACGCAGCCUUAAUGGCGAAGGACGGAUCCUAUGCGGAACUGGUGAAGCUGCAGACCCUCAGUACUGAUAAGAGCGGAACGGUUUCUGGUGCCGACAGCGCGAGCAGAUCUGAUCAGAGUUCUCUUACGGAUGGGGACAUCGAAAAGUCUGAGUCGACCGAGCCUGAUAUUCUUGAUGAGAAGGCUCCUACUACAACAGCAACCCCCGCCCCCACCGGCGAAGAAGAGACUGCAGAGGACGAACCUAAGACUCCUUCCAAAUCUCUCUGGGCUCUUCUCAAAGGCUAUGCUCCCACUGUACGACCGCAUCUCCUGAUCAUCGCUCUUGCGCUUAUCGGCGCGAGUAUCGUGGGCGGAGCUUUCUCCGGCGAGGCUGUGAUCUUCGGAAAUACCGUUGGCAGUUUGAAUCCUUGCAACACUGCAGACUAUAUCGAGUCACAAGGUCGGUUCUACGGUCUGAUGUUCUUUGUUCUUGCCAUUAUUGAGUUAUUUGCCAAUAUCGUCAGCUGGGCCGGCUUCGGUUGGGUUUCUGAGAAAGUUGUCUAUACUGUGCGAGUCUUGUCAUUCCGGUCUCUAUUCGAGCAGGACCUGCAGUGGCAUCAAUCAAACGGCCGAACGCCUCCCCUGCUUCUAUCUUACAUCACUCGCGAUGGGAAUGCCCUUGCCGGUCUCAGUGGGUCCGUUAUCGGCACACUAUUCUCCAUUACGGUCAACCUCAUCGCUGCGAUUAUCCUAACUCACAUCAUUGCCUGGAAGAUCGCGCUCGUCUGUCUAUCUUUGGUACCACUGCUCCUUGGAGCUGGUUUGAUGGAGCUCCAUGUCCUUGGAAAAUUUGAAGAGCGUCAUGAGAACGCCUACGCUACCUCGGUUGACAUUGGAGUGGAAGCAAUCACAUCUAUCAAGACUAUUGCAUCUCUGUCCCUUGAAGAUGAGACGUUGAAAACAUACCGCAAGUCUCUUAAGGGGCCCCAGAAAGAGACUUUUAAUGUGACUUUGCAAGCGAGCCUCUGGCAGUCCACUACAUACUUCCUUGGAAACUGUGUCAACGCACUCGCAUAUUGGUGGGGCGCGAAACAGAUCAUCUCCGGCACGUAUACCCAGACCCAAUUCCUUAUCGUGGUUUUCUCGCUACUAGUUAGUGCUCUCCUGUGGAGCCAGAUGUUUGCCCUCGCACCAGAGCUUUCGCAAGCGCGAGCGGCGUCAGCGCGUAUAUUGGGGCUGAUCGAGAUGGGCUCCGACAAAAUGCGAGGCACUGUUCCCGACCAUACACCUAAUACGUUCGUUCGAAGUGGUGAUGCCGAAUCCGCUAUGGAAGCCAAGUCCAUCCAGCAAAGCAACAAGGCUUCCAGUGUUCAACUUCAGGAUGUGCAUUUUGCUUAUCCUGCCCGCCCGGAUAUGAAAGUCUUGAAUGGUUUGACUGUCGACAUUCGGCCUGGCCAAUUCUGUGCCCUCGUUGGACCUAGCGGAGCAGGCAAGUCCACCAUAAUAUCUCUCGCAGAGCGACUUUAUGUUCCUGAAUCGGGAUCGAUCCUGAUCGACGGACGCGACGUGUCAAAAACACGCGACCCAUCAUUCCGCGACUCAAUCUCCCUUGUUCCACAAGAGAGCGUUUUGUUUGAGGGAACAGUCGAGUUCAACAUUGGCCUCGGUGCGAGGCCCGGACAAGAAGCGACCAUGGAAGAGAUCAUUGAUGCGUGCAAACUUGCCAACAUUCACGAGACUAUUGCAUCUCUCCCAGAAGGAUACAAGACCAUGUGUGGUCCAAACGGCAAUCAGUUUUCCGGUGGUCAGAAACAGCGACUUUCCAUUGCGCGCGCACUUGUUCGCAAGCCCAAACUGCUUAUUCUUGAUGAGUCGACAAGUGCCCUUGACGCAGAGUCAGAGAAACUUCUUCAAGACGGACUCGAGAAAGCCGCAAAGGGCAUUACCGUUAUCGCAAUAGCGCAUCGGCUGCACACUAUUCGAAAGGCAAAUGUAAUUUUCUUGAUCGAAGCAGGCCAGUGUAUAGACAAGGGAUCUCACGAGGAGCUGCUUGAGCGCUCAGAGAGCUACCGUGCCAAUGUUAUGCACCAAACAGUAGCUACUUGA